CGGACCUUGAUGUACAUUUCGACCGGUCUGUCCCUGGCCGGCUUAAUAGGGCAACGAGGCUAUAUCACUGACUUGAUUAAGCACUUAGAGCUCAUAAAUACGGUAUAGGGCGUCAAAGCACAGCUUCAACUUCGUAUUCCAGUAAUUGAACCGCAAUUCAUUGCCUCUUGGAGCCCGUAUAUCAGAUGGGAUUCGCGCAACAACAACGUUUGCUCCACAAUGGCACCGUCCACGGCCAUGCACCUACCUCUUCUAGUUGAAGGCAAAAAAGUCCACAUGGCGUGCGCAAUAUCACUUGAACCUUUUAUUCCCCCCGCAAUGCUUAGCUCCUAAGCCCUCCGUCGCACCCUCCUUCACAAGAUGAUGCUGUAUAGUUUCUUGUUGCUGCCAGUCUGGCUGCGUCAAGUCUCUGCAGGCUGCUCUGGAACCACCACCAUCAGCGUACCUGCGGAUGUGCAAUCAUUGGCCGCUUGCCCAACGUUCUCAGGCGAUGUGACUUUAGGGCAAAAUGUUAGAGGCCAUGUUUCCCUCAACGGAAUCGAAGUCAUCAAAGGGAACUUGAACAUCUCCGGAUCUCACCGCUUGAAAAGUAUCUCCAGUGGAAGCCUGCGGUCCAUGAACAAGUUCUUUCUCGAAGACCUGGAGACCCUCUCGAACAUAACUUUUCCGAACCUCACGCAUGUAGAGGAGAUCCGGUGGAACGGGCUUACCGCACUCCCGAGGUUGAACUUCACGACGAACAUCACCGAAGCCUCGACAGUCGAUAUUAGAAACACGCACCUCGAGACCCUGGAAGGCCUUGGGUUGGACCGCCUUCGAAGCAUUGGUGAGGGGCGCAUUUCCGAUAACAUGUAUCUGGAAACGCUGCACUUGCCACAGCUCCAGCAAAUCACGUCCAGCUUGACAGUCGCCGCCAAUGGGCAACAUCUCAACCUGAGCAUGCCUAAUCUCACAACGACCCUAAACAUGUCUCUCCGCAACAUCUCGGAGCUGUCUGUACCGUCUCUGCAGAGCGUCAAUGGCUCCUUGGGGAUAUACGGCACCGGAAUCGAUACGUUUUCCGCGCCCAACCUUACCCAGGUUCAAUCUUUCUUGGGGCUGGUGGGCAAUUCGCGGCUUUCCAACCUCUCGCUUCCGAAACUGGGCUCCGUCCAACAGAUUGGCAUUUCCGACAACAUGAACCUGACAAACAUCGCCCUGAACGCACUCUCAAGCAUCGGCGGCGAUGCAACUAUUUGGGGAAACUUCUCCAACAUAUCCUUCCCAUCCUUGAAAGGCCUCGACGGCCACCUUGACCUCGCAUCAACCGGCAAUGCAAGCUGCUCCAUCUUCAAGCACCUGGCUGAUGCAGGUAUCAUCACCGGCGGCCUCGACUGCAACAACUCCGCCGGUUCCAUCCAUGUCGCGCCAGUCGCGGAGCCUGAAACUCCCGCCGACUCGCACGCAUCCUCCAGCUCCCUGACCACUGGCGAAAAAGCAGGCAUCGGCGUCGGCGUUGGCGGCGGUGUCAUCGGCAUCAUCUGCGUCGUCGUCCUGGUGAUCGUGCUCCUCAGAAACCGACGAAAGAACCAGGCCGCCGUGGCAGCUGCGGAAGACGGCAAGAGCGACACCGAGAAGGGCGAGCGGCUUCCCGAGGAACCGGCGCAGAUGCACGGCCUCGGCGUCGACACGAACCCACCACCACCUCCUCCGCCGGCACCGCAGCCGCAGGAGCUCGGAGCCUCGCCGACGGUUUCUGGACCCCCGCCCGCGCAGCCGGCAGCCGAUCCUCCGGUACAAGAGCUAGGUGCUGCAGCGCCGCGGACGCCAUCGCCGCUUCCACCUGCACAGCCGCAGGAGCUGGAGACCCCGACCGCGGUCAGCGAGAUGGAUGCUCCGCAGCAGCAUGGCGAUUGGGUGGACGUGCGGACACUGACGACGACGCCGUCGCCUUUGCCGCCUCCGUCUCCGGGGCCGCAGGAGCGCGAGCCGGAGCAGCCGAAUAAUAACGUCCAGGAGCUGGAAGCCACGCGCAUAUUCAACGAGCUGGACCCCCAGGACCGCGGCUUCUUGGAGACGUAUACCACGUCGAUGGUGGUGGAGAUGCCGGGAGGAGAGAUUCCUGAGGGCUUCCUGACGCCGGGACAGCAGUUGGGGCAGCCGGAGAUGGAGACGCAUACGCAGAGAGUGACGAGGACGCAGCGGUGGGAGAAUGGAAGGUUAGUCGAGAGUAGUGAGAGUAGUAGUGAGAGUAGUGGGAGUAGAGAUGGUGGGGGUAGCGCGGGGAGGUUGCUUGGUGGCCAGUAAGUGAGUACUGGGCUGGAGUAAUUCCUGAUUGGCUGCCAGUUAGGCAGUCAGGCGGGCUAUCUCGUCGUUAGUUGAGUUUGGGUUUUGGGCGUUUGUGACUAAGGGCAUUGUGGGGUUACGGAGCAGAGCGGAGUGGGAGUUGAAGUGGGAAUGGGAGGAGGGCUAAAAAGGGCAACAGCAUAAUGGGCGAAGGAGUGUCUAUCUAUGUAAUUUAUAAUCGGGA